AACUCUCUAAUCUUUGAUCUUUUUUUUUUUUGUGCUGUAAAUUUGUUCCAAAAAUUUUGCCCUAUCCCUGUAAACUCAUCACAAUCAAGUGUCUUUGUGUCUUUCAGGUUUUUUGCAGAAUAAGAAAGAAAGUUAGGAGACAAAAGUGAACCAUAUAUCUUUGAGCUUUAAGCUUUUGGCUUUUCUUCGCAUUUAAACCUGAAUUCUCUCCGACCCUCCUUGCACUUUCUUUCUAUUAAUAUAUAUAUAUAUUAUACUAUCUUUUGUUUUUCUUUUAUAGUUUUCUCCAUUGAAGUUGUUGUAUGCAAAUGCAAUCUCAUAAAAGGCAAGUGAUUUAUUUCACAAGAUUCAAGAUUUAAGGGUUUACCUACAAACCCACAAAGCCUGAGCUCCGAGGUUUGAUGAAAGAAUUGACUUUUGUCUCUACAAUGCGUUUACCAUUGUAAAUUCUACUGUCAGGUGGUUGGAUUUUUAUAAAUUAUUAGUCUUUUGUAUUCAAUUCUGUUACUUGUUUGAGGAUUAGGGUUUUUGAGGUCAAAGUCUAUUGUUUUCUGCUUAUUUAGUGUGUUGUGAGCCGGAUUGGAGGUCGAGGGUUGAUUAAUUAAUGGGCCAUUUUGUUUUCUUUAAUUGACUAAAGACUUAAUGAAAUUAAGGUUAAAGGGUGUUGGUAGCUGACAUCUGCGAAUUGAUUGAGAUAUGAGUCGUAGAUUGAGGCGUAAAGUGGCAAAUAAGGGAAAGGAAAAGGUUUUUGUACCACGUUUCCCUGAAGUUGAGGACGAGGUUUUAGAAGCUGAGCGAAGUGGGGACGUUGAUUGGACUAGUUUGCCUGAUGACACAGUGAUUCAGUUGUUUUCAAGUCUGAAUUAUAGAGACCGGGCAAACUUGUCAAAAACAUGUAGAACAUGGAGGGCUUUAGGUGCUUCUCCAUGUUUGUGGAGUUCAUUGGACCUUCGUGCACAUAAAUGUGAUGCUACUAUGGCAGCUUCACUUGCUUCCAGAUGUGUGAAUCUUCGAAAGCUUAGAUUUCGUGGUGCAGAGUCUGCAGAUGCAAUAAUAUGCUUUCAGGCUAGGAAUUUGCAAGAAAUAAGUGGUGAUUACUGUUGGAAGAUAACUGAUGCUACUUUAUCUAUGAUUGUGGCUCGUCAUGAAGCACUGGAAAGCCUUCAACUUGGGCCUGAUUUCUGUGAGAGGAUCACUAGUGAUGCCAUAAAAGCUAUAGCUCUUUGCUGUCCCAAAUUGAAGAAACUUCGACUGUCUGGGAUUAGGGAUAUUUGUGGCGAUGCCAUCAACGCUUUGGCCAAGCAUUGUCCGAAUUUAGCAGAUGUUGGGUUUUUAGACUGCUUGAAUAUUGAUGAGGUGGCAUUGGGAAAUGUAUCAUCUGUUCAUUUUCUCUCAAUUGCUGGGACCUCAAAUAUGAAAUGGCGUGUGGUUGCACAGAUUUGGCAUAAGCUGCCUAACUUAGUUGGGUUGGAUGUUUCAAGAACUGAUGUUGGUCCUACUACUAUUGGCAGAUUGCUAUCGUCUAAGAGCUUGAAGGUUGUCUGUGCCUUGAAUUGUCCAAUUCUUGAAGAGGAUCCCUGCUUUAGCACAGUUAAGAAUAAAGACCAAUUCAUACAUUCCCUUUAUACUGACAUUUUUAAAGGUCUAGCUUCUUUAUAUGCCAAUACUACUCAAAAAGAGAAGAAUGUAUUUCUGGAUUGGAGGAACUCAAAAAAUAAAGAUAAAAAAUUGGAUGAGAUUAUGACUUGGCUUGAAUGGAUUCUUUCCCAUACACUUCUGCGUACUGCUGAGAGCGAUCCUCUUGCUUUGAAGAAUUUCUGGCUUACGCAGGGUGCUGCCCUAUUGCUCAGUUUAAUGCAGAGCUCACAAGAGGAUGUUCAAGAAAGAGCAGCCACUGGACUUGCUACCUUUGUUGUCAUUAAUGAUGAAAGUGCUAGCAUAGAUUGUGGAAGGGCUGAAGCAGUCAUGAAAGAUGGUGGCAUACGUCUUCUGUUGCACCUUGCAAAAUCCUGGCGGGAAGGACUUCAAUCAGAGGCUGCAAAGGCUAUAGCAAACUUGUCUGUGAAUCCCAAUGUUGCAAAAGCUGUUGCAGAAGAUGGAGGAAUCGAUGUCCUUGCAUAUUUGGCUGGGUCCAUGAAUAGGCUGGUAGCUGAAGAGGCUGCUGGAGGGCUAUGGAAUUUAUCUGUCGGAGAAGAGCAUAAGGGCGCUAUUGCUGAGGCUGGUGGAAUAAAAGCUUUAGUUGAACUUAUAGAUAAAUGGUUCUCUAGUGGUGAUGGUGUUCUGGAGCGUGCAGCUGGUGCUUUGGCAAAUUUGGCAGCUGAUGACAAGUGUAGUAUGGAAGUUGCUAUGGCAGGUGGUGUACAUGCUUUGGUGAUGCUUGCUCGUAAUUGCAAGUUUGAGGGAGUGCAAGAGCAGGCUGCCCGCGCGUUGGCUAACUUGGCUGCUCAUGGAGAUAGCAAUAGCAACAAUUCUGCUGUUGGACAAGAGGCAGGUGCUCUUGAAGCCCUUGUUCAACUUACACACUCUCCCCAUGAAGGUGUUAGGCAAGAAGCUGCUGGUGCUUUAUGGAAUUUGUCAUUUGAUGACAGGAAUCGAGAAGCAAUAGCAGCAGCUGGUGGCGUAGAGGCUCUGGUUGCCCUUGCACAAUCCUGUUCAAAUGCCUCCCUAGGUCUGCAGGAGAGGGCAGCUGGUGCUCUUUGGGGAUUGUCUGUGUCUGAAGCUAAUUGCAUUGCUAUUGGACGAGAAGGAGGUGUUGCGCCUCUGAUUGCACUUGCACGUUCAGAGGCUGAAGAUGUCCAUGAAACUGCUGCAGGAGCUCUUUGGAAUCUUGCUUUUAAUCCUGGGAAUGCUUUACGUAUAGUGGAGGAAGGGGGAGUUCCUGCCCUUGUUCACUUAUGUUGUUCUUCAGUAUCAAAGAUGGCACGCUUCAUGGCUGCGUUGGCAUUGGCUUACAUGUUUGAUGGCAGAAUGGAUGAAUUUGCGCUGAUAGGAACUUCAUCAGAAAGCACCUCAAAGAGUGUGAGCUUAGAUGGGGCUAGAAGGAUGGCUUUGAAGCGUAUAGAAGCUUUUGUUCUUACAUUUUCUGAUCCACAGGCAUUUGCUACUGCUGCUGCAUCAUCUGCUCCAGCAGCAUUGUCACAAGUAACAGAAAGAGCUCGUAUUCAAGAAGCAGGACAUUUAAGAUGCAGUGGAGCUGAAAUAGGAAGAUUCAUAGCCAUGCUACGCAACCCAUCUUCUAUACUGAAGGCCUGUGCAGCAUUUGCGCUUCUCCAGUUUACCAUUCCUGGUGGUCGGCAUGCAGUACAUCAUGCAAGUCUUAUGCAGGGUGUUGGGGCAGCACGGGUUCUUCGUGCUGCAGCUGCAGCUGCAACUGCCCCACUCGAAGCUAAAAUAUUUGCUAGAGUUGUACUUCGGAACCUUGAGCGCCACAACCAGUAUGUAGAACUAUCAAUAUAAAAGAGCAUCUUUUACAGAUGUAUAUUUACCCAGAAUAGUCAAUGUGGCUAUUCAUAUAGUAGAGCUAUGGAUCCCAUUGCUAGCGGUGUCAGAAACUGUAAGAAUAUUUUUCUGCUUUUUGUAACUAUAUAUAAGUGAACCAAAGUCAAGUGCCCAAGCUAGCAUACAGCUUAAUCUUUUCUCCUCUUUUCUCCCCUUUUUGUAACAAAUCUUUCAUGUAAAAGGUACUUUGGGUGGGGGAUUGUUUAAGAAUGAAAACGUAAUUCUUUUCUUUGUAUUCUUUAUGACAAUAUCUGCUGAAAGAGCGUAGAUAUUACAGUUGUUUUA